AUGCCACAUCAACACGGCUACCGUGCUGUCUCGUACUUCGUCAACUGGGCAAUCUAUGGCCGCAAUCAUCAACCCCAAGAUCUGCCCGCUGACAUUCUUACUCAUGUUCUCUACGCAUUUGCAAACAUCAAACCUGAUACUGGAGAGGUCCAUUUGACCGAUGCAUGGUCAGAUACCGACAAGCAUUAUGAUGGAGACUCCUGGAACGAUGUUGGCACUAAUGUCUAUGGCUGCAUGAAACAACUCUUCCUGCUCAAGAAGCGCAACCGCAAUCUCAAGGUCCUGCUCAGCAUCGGUGGCUGGACAUAUUCGCCCAAUUUUGCCGGACCUGCAUCUACCGAGUCAGGUCGCCAAUGCUUCGCAAACAGUGCUGUGGCCUUGCUCAAAGACCAUGGCCUCGAUGGCCUGGAUAUUGACUGGGAGUAUCCAGCGGACGACGCUCAAGCUCGCGACUACGUGCUUCUGUUAAGAGCCACAAGGCUUGCUCUCGAUGCUUACUCGCAGUCUCUGCCAGGAAAUCCACACUUUGCUCUUACAGUCGCUGCCCCUUGCGGCCCUGAGAACCUGCAUCGCAUGCAUCUGCACGAUAUGGACCAAUACCUUGACUUCUGGAACUUGAUGGCAUACGACUUCACAGGAACGUGGAGCACACAUGCAGGUCAUCAGACCAAUAUUGCCACUUGCCAUCAGAACCCACAAAGCACGCCCGUCAGCACUGAACAUGCCGUUGGUUGGUACACUGAGCAUUGCGGGAUUCAUCCGAGUAAACUCGUCAUCGGUAUGCCACUGUACGGCCGCAGUUUCGCAAAUACAGACGGACCUGGUGCACCAUACUCAGGCGUCGACUCUGGAGCUAGUUGGGAACCCGGAUCUGGUAUCUGGGAUUACAAGGCUCUUCCCCGUCCCGGAGCAACCGAGCACCAUGACCCCUCCGCCGGUGCUUCAUGGAGCUAUGAUCCCUCGUCCCGCGUAAUGAUUACCUACGACAACCCAGCUUCUUCAGCCGCAAAAGUAAACUACAUCCAGCAAAGAGGGCUAGGCGGCGCCAUGUGGUGGGAAAGCAGUGGAGAUCGAGUCGGAGAGGGAAGUAUCAUUACUUUGGUUGUCAAUGGCAUGGGAGGCUAUGGAGGCAAGCAUAUGCAGAAAGUGGAGAAUUGCUUGGAGUAUCCGCACAGUAAGUACGACAACCUUAGAAACAAGUUUCCUAGCGAGUAG